UCUACUAGUAAUUAGUGACGUGAUUUUAAAAAAAUCUGUUUCUGAUUGUGUUUCGCUAUGGCAAAGUCAGGCGACGGCGGCGCCGAUAAACACAUCAUCGUCUUCUCUUAUCCAGCGCCGGGACACAUCUCACCUCACAUAAAUUUCUCCCGCCUGUUAAUCUCCCGCGGCUUAAAAGUCACGGUUAUUCUCACGCCCUCUUACCGCCAAAUGCUCGACCCUUCCGAUUCCAUCAAUCUCCUUGUCUUACCCGUCAACGAUUCUCCGGUCACCGCCGAUUUCCCCUUCUUCACUAAGAUGCGCGGUCUUCGCGAGCUUCAUAACCCAAUCGUCGAUUGGUUCAAAGUUCAGAAAUCUCCGCCAAUCGCCAUUGUUUCCGACGCCUUCCUUGGCUGGACACAUCACUUGGCCGACCAGCUCUCUAUCCCUCGUCUCGCUUUCUACACCUCCGGCGUGUCCGAUAGCCUUGUUUCUUACCUUCUCUGGCGAGAUAUGCCGGAAAAAGACACUUCACCGGAGGAUGAUUUGUUGGUCUCUUUUCCAACUGCUCCUAAUUGCCCAAAGUACCAUUGGUGGCAGAUUGGUCAUUUGUAUAAGGAUUACAAGGAAGGAGAUCCAGAUUGCGAAGCCUUUAGAGAUGGAAUGCUGAAUAAUCUACUUGCUUGGGGGAUAAUCUUUAACUCGUUUACCGAAUUGGAAGGGGUGUAUAUCGAUCAUGUGAAGAAAUUGGCUGGCCACGAUCGAGUUUGGGCGGUUGGGCCAUUGUUAUCGCCUGACCAUGGACUAAGACUAAGGCUCGGUGAAGACCUAUCGGCUUGGCUGGAUGAUAAGCCGGAGAAUUCUGUUGUCUACAUAUGCUUUGGCAGCCAUUUUAUGCUGACAAAAGAACAAAUGGAAGAUCUCGCAGGUGCGCUCUGUUGGAGCGAGGUGCAUUUUAUUUGGGUGGUCAACGAUAGGAUCAAAGGGCAGGAGGAAAUCGGGUAUGGCGAGAUCCCAGUUGGUUUGGAAGAUACAGUAGGAAGCAAAGGAUUCGUAAUCAGGGGAUGGGCACCGCAAGUGGCGAUUUUGAGGCAUAGAGCGGUGGGGACGUUUCUGACUCAUUGCGGGUGGAACUCGGUUAUGGAAGGGCUUAUGGAAGGAGUGGUGAUGCUAACAUGGCCAAUAGAUGGUGACCAAUUUACAAAUGCUAAAUUGUUGGUGGACCAGUUGGGUGUAGCAGUUCAAGCCUGUGAAGGGGGGAUUCGGUGCAGGCCUGACUUGACUAAGUUGGUUCCAUUACUAUUCGAAUCUGUCACCAAGAACCAACCAGAAAGGGCUAGGGUUAGGGAGAUGCAGGCAGCUGCUAAGCGGGUGGCGAAAGGAUCUAGUGGUAGCCUGGAUCAACUAGUUAACCAAAUCAAAGAGUUUAAUAUCUGAAAUGUCAUUUGGUUCCAAAUUGUAACAAGCCACAAAGAGUUAAAAUUUACAAUUCAGAAAUAAUGACAGGUUCAAAAGCUUACUACAUAUUAUUCUUUUGCACAUGAGCUACAUAGUCUUCAAGCUGUUCCACUGUUACAUUCGAAAGCUCUACAACAAGAAAAACCAAAUGAUUGAAGAAAUUGAUGUCAA